UAAUAGUAGGAUAAGAUAAGCUAAAUCAAACAUAUUUGUUUUAGUAUGUUUUUAUAACUGUUGAGUGUACGAUGUGGUCAAUAAACAUGUCGGGAACAUUUAUAUUAUUUUUAUUCGUAUCGGUUAUUUAUCAUGGUCAAGGUUCAGAUGUUAUAACCUCAGUGGGUUUGGUUUCUGGUUACCUCAAAACAUCAUAUGGAGGAAAACCAUAUUCAGCAUUCGAAGGUAUCCCUUAUGCCAAACCACCUGUGGGCAAUCUAAGAUUUGAGGAAGCUCAGCCAGCAGACCCAUGGAUAGGAAAGUGGAAUGCCACCACGUCUCACGAGUGCAUACAAACGGACAUAAGCAAAAAAAUUAUUGGUUUGGAGGACUGUCUGUAUUUGAACGUGUAUGUGCCCAGAGAGCAGCCUUUAAGUCUGGAAGAAUUAAGCGUUAUUGUCCACAUACACGGUGGGGGGUUUAAAGUGGGAAGCCCACAUAGUUACACAGCCGCUGAUUAUUUGAUGGAUAAAAAUGUUAUUUUCGUUACCUUCAACUAUCGCCUAGGAGUCUUUGGUUUUCUUAGUACCGGCGAUGAAGUAGUGCCAGGCAAUCUGGGCUUGAAGGACCAACUUUUGGCUUUGAAGUGGGUCAAAGACAACAUCAAAUACUUCGGUGGGAACCCGAACUCGAUAACUUUAACAGGAUUUUCGGCCGGUGGUGCCAGCUCUCACUUGCAUUACCUGUCGCCAAAAUCGCGCGGCCUUUUCAAUCGUGGAGUUUCGCACAGUGGUACCGCGUUAAAUUUGUGGAGCACCAAGCCUGUGGAUAGUGUUGUUACAAAGGCCAAAGGUAUUUCAAGGGCACUUGGGUGUCCCGUGGAAUCAUCCAGAGAGAUGGUGGAUUGUCUAAAGCAAAGACCUGCGUUGGAUUUGCUUAAGAAGUCGAUUGAAUCGGAGGACGAUUUGUUGGCGAUGGACUUUGUACCUGUUGUUGAUGGGGACUUUUUACCUAAAGCUCCACUUGAUAUUUUAAUGGACAAAAAUUUACCUGAUAUACCCUGGAUAUUUUCUAAUACCGCCGAGGAUGGAAUAAUGCCAAGCGGGUUAUUUGCAGAGAAAUUCGAUGAAGUUAACGAAGGAUGGACCAAAAUGGCGCCACAUAUACUUUUAUUUUCACAAACUCAGCCUCAAUCUGAUUGGGAGCAAAUUUCUCAAACUAUUAAAAAUUAUUAUAUCGGUACAGACGAAAAAAUCAGCGCUUCAACCUACAGGCAGCUGGUUAAGCUUUUUACAGAUCGAUACUUCAUAACAGAAGCUGAGAGAGCUGCCAAGUUGCAAUCAAAAGCUGUAAAAAGUUCUGUAUACUAUUACUUCUAUAAUUACCGAACAACUGCAACUUUUAGUGAUUUGGAUUUUCCUAACUUGAAACCAGAAUUUAAAGGGAUCAGUCAUGGGGAUGAUAUUUUACAUUUGUAUGGAGAAAUUUUUCCAAAUAGGCAACUAUCUGAAUCUGACAAACAAAUCAAAGAAACUCUUUUGGAUAUUUUGGUUUCUUUUGCAGGAACGGGAACUCCCAAAGUGGAAAAUGUGACCUGGAAACCCACGAAACACAAUGAACUAGCGUUCUUGAACAUAACCAGUCCUAGUGAAAUAUCUGUCAACACCCAAAAGACUAUUUCGCACAUUAAUUUUUGGAACAAACUUAAUUUGGAAAAUUUGAAACAAGAACAAAAAGAUGAGCUUUAAUAUAAAUUUUUGUAAUGAAAAAGGUUAAGAUAAAAUUAAUUAAUUUCAUAAAUGAAAUAAAUUUUUGUAUGCAAAUUAUUUACUUUGUUCUUUUG